CAUAAUCACAAUAUUCACAAUUGUAACCGUGACUUGACUAGUAAUUUGUAUACAAAAAAAAUGGCGCUCGUCGAUGUCUGCGGUAUAAAUUCAAUAAUUAAUUUAAAUUCAUCUAAAGAAAACAAUAAAUUGCGCAGUGAAAUAAAUAAUUACACUUAUAAUUUCACUAACAAUCUAUCGCUCGCAGUUCCUCCUUACUCAAACCCAGCAGAAAGUCUCGCAGCAUUAACGAGCACCCCAGAUGAGACUGGACGUAAUAUUAAAAUAAAAUUUGAUCAUGGAACCACAACCCUUGGGUUCCGGUAUCAAGGUGGUGUCAUCUUGGCCGUUGAUUCACGUGCCACUGGUGGUCAAUUUAUUGGGUCACAAAGUAUGAAGAAAAUUGUUGAAAUAAAUGAUUACUUGCUUGGUACACUUGCUGGCGGUGCUGCUGAUUGUGUUUAUUGGGACCGUGUACUUGCUAAGCAAUGCCGUCUAUACGAAUUAAGAAACCGUGAACGUAUUUCUGUUGCUGCUGCGAGUAAACUCAUGUCUAACAUGGUUUAUGAUUACAAAGGAAUGGGAUUGUCGAUGGGUAUGAUGAUUGCUGGAUGGGAUAAACGUGGACCAGGACUCUACUACGUUGAUUCAGAAGGCACCAGAACAACUGGUAAAGUUUUUAGUGUUGGUUCUGGUUCUGUAUUUGCAUUUGGUGUCCUCGAUUCCGGUUACCGCUGGGAUCUAACUGAUGAAGAAGCCUAUGAUCUUGGUAGACGCUCUAUUUAUCACGCAACACAUCGUGAUGCUUACUCUGGAGGAAUCGUUCGAGUUUAUCACAUGAAAGAAACCGGAUGGGUUCGCAUUUCCGACGACGAUUGCAAAGAUCUUCAUUACAUGUAUCAAGAAGAGAAGAAAAAUGCUGCUUAAUUAAUUAAAUUGUAUUUUUAUUAAUUACCUAUUAAAUAAUUAAUAAAAUAAUAAAUCUUUAUACAUA